AAGGGACCUUUACCUCCACUUGAAUGGGAUGCUCUGCUGGAGUAACUAACAGGCAGAAAAGUUGGACGUAUUUGAUCGUUAAAACCUCUGCGAUAGAUAUCUUAACUGUUUGUGUGACGAGCAUUACGGUAAAAGUAGCCAUGGGGGAAAGCUUAAGGAUUCGUCGGUGGCAGUGGGGAUUUUAUUGCGUGGUCGCGAUGCUGACUGUUUUGCCCCCUAUGACGCACGGAGAUCGUUACCAGACCUUUUCCAUGGAAUGUGGCGGUACUGUUGAGUUGGGUGACACCGAGGCUGGGUAUGUAUCCUACUCGUACGACCCCGGACAGGACUGUACCGUGACAUUCACUGGAGCAUCAGGCAAGAAAUUCCUGCUUCACUUCGUGACCCUUGACAUGGGACCUGAUGACUCCUGUGAUGACCAGGAGCUACGGAUCUACGAUGGCGAACAAGCUUCUGGUGACCUACUGGCAUCGGUAUGCGGGAGCGAACAGGAAGGUCUAGACGUCACCACUUCGACAAACUUCGUCACUCUUCGGCUGACUUCGGGUGACUCUGCGAGCGGCGAUUUAAGGAUCAAGUACACGAUGUUCUACGACUCCGCAGGUGAUGUAUGUCGGGAGAGUGACGACUUCCGGUGUGAUGACGGGAAGUGUAUCCGGUCUGAGUUACGUCAGGACGGAUACUGUAACUGUCCAGGCGGUGUGGAUGAACCCGACGGUUGUGAAGCUGAAGGAGAAGACGUAUCCGACAGCGCUGAAGCGGAACCGGAAGGGGAACCGGAAUCUGAACCGGAAGCAGAACCGGAAUCUGAACCGGAACCGGAAUCAGAAUGGAUUCCGGAACUCGGAAUGACCAUGUGGGCGCUGACCGGGAUCAUCAUCGGGACUGUCGCCUUCCUUAUUUUCACUGGGGUGGCUGCUUACUUCGCAGUCAAGCAUUUCAAGAAAGGCAGUGUUGGUGGAAGACCCGGACCGACAACAUCCAUACCUAUGGGACAGCCUCCUGCUUAUUCGGCUCAGUCCAAAACUGGACAGACGCCAAUCAGCGCGUAGACAAACGACAGCCUUAUCCGAUUGGCUGAACAUAAUUGUGCCAAACUCUA